ACAGCGGCGGCGCGCGGCGGGAGAGCGAGUGCGGCCGAGUCGGCGCCACCAUGGCCACCGUGGAUCUGGAGAAGCUGCGGAUGUCCGGGGCCGGCAAGGCCAUCGGCGUGCUGACCAGCGGCGGCGAUGCGCAAGGCAUGAAUGCUGCCGUCCGAGCCGUGACGCGCAUGGGCAUUUACGUGGGAGCCAAAGUCUUCCUCAUCUACGAGGGCUACGAGGGCCUCGUGGAAGGGGGCGAGAACAUCAGGCCAGCCAACUGGCUCAGCGUCUCCAACAUCAUCCAGCUGGGCGGCACCGUGAUUGGCAGCGCCCGCUGCAAGGCCUUCACCACGCGGGAGGGGCGCCGGGCGGCCGCCUACAACCUGGUCCAGCGCGGCAUCAGCAACCUGUGCGUCAUCGGUGGGGACGGCAGCCUCACGGGCGCCAACGUCUUCCGCGGCGAGUGGGGCCGCCUGCUGGCGGAGCUGGUGAGCGAAGGCAAGAUCUCACAGAGCACGGCUCAGACCUAUUCGCACCUGAGCAUCGCCGGGCUGGUGGGUUCCAUUGACAACGACUUCUGCGGCACCGACAUGACCAUCGGCACGGACUCGGCCCUGCACCGCAUCAUGGAGGUCAUCGACGCCAUCACCACCACCGCCCAGAGCCACCAGAGGACCUUCGUGCUGGAGGUGAUGGGGCGGCACUGCGGAUACCUGGCCCUGGUGUCCGCCCUGGCCUCGGGGGCCGACUGGCUGUUCAUCCCUGAGGCGCCGCCCGAGGACGGCUGGGAGAACUUCAUGUGUGAGCGGCUGGGUGAGACUCGGAGCCGAGGGUCCCGACUGAACAUCAUCAUCAUUGCUGAGGGCGCCAUCGACCGCAACGGGAAGCCCAUCUCAUCCCGCUACGUGAAGGACCUAGUGGUCCAGAGGCUGGGCUUUGACACACGUGUGACCGUGCUGGGCCACGUGCAGAGGGGAGGGACCCCCUCGGCGUUCGACCGCAUCCUGAGCAGCAAGAUGGGCAUGGAGGCGGUGAUGGCCCUGCUGGAGGCCACGCCCGACACGCCGGCCUGCGUGGUCAGCCUCUCCGGGAACCAGUCCGUGCGGCUGCCCCUCAUGGAGUGCGUCCAGAUGACCAAGGAGGUGCAGAAGGCCAUGGAUGAGAAGAGGUUUGAAGAGGCCAUCCAGCUCCGAGGCAGGAGCUUUGAGAACAACUGGAACAUUUACAAGCUGCUUGCGCACCAGAAGAUCUCCAAGGAGAAGACCAGCUUCUCCCUGGCCAUCCUGAACGUGGGGGCCCCAGCGGCUGGCAUGAACGCGGCCGUGCGCUCGGCGGUGCGUACCGGCAUCUCCCAGGGCCACACGGUAUACGUCGUGCACGACGGCUUUGAAGGCCUGGCCAAGGGGCAGGUGCAAGAAGUGGGCUGGCAUGAUGUGGCUGGCUGGCUGGGGCGCGGUGGCUCCAUGCUGGGGACCAAGAGGACGCUGCCCAAGGGCUACAUGGAGAAAAUAGUGGAAAACGUCCGCAUUCACAACAUCCACGCCCUGCUGGUCAUCGGAGGCUUCGAGGCCUACGAGGGGGUGCUGCAGCUGGUGGAGGCCCGUGAGCGCUACGAGGAGCUGUGCAUUGUCAUGUGUGUCAUCCCCGCCACCAUCAGCAACAACGUGCCGGGCACCGACUUCAGCCUGGGCUCGGAUACCGCCGUCAACGCCGCCAUGGAGAGCUGUGACCGCAUCAAGCAGUCGGCCUCGGGGACCAAGCGCCGUGUGUUCAUCGUGGAGACCAUGGGGGGCUACUGUGGCUACCUGGCCACCGUGACUGGCAUCGCUGUGGGGGCCGACGCCGCCUAUGUCUUCGAGGACCCCUUCAACAUCCAGGACUUAAAGGCCAACGUGGAGCACAUGACCGAGAAGAUGAAGACGGACAUCCAGAGGGGCCUGGUGCUCCGAAACGAGAAGUGCCACGAAUACUACACCACGGAGUUUCUGUACAACCUGUACUCCUCCGAGGGGAAGGGCAUUUUCGACUGCAGGACUAACGUCCUGGGCCACCUGCAGCAGGGCGGGGCUCCCACCCCCUUCGACCGGAACUACGGCACCAAGCUGGGGGUGAAGGCUAUACUCUGGAUGUCGGAGAAGCUGCGGGCAGUCUACCGCAAGGGGCGGGUCUUCGCCAACGCCCCCGACUCGGCUUGCGUGAUCGGCCUGCAGAAGAAGGCGGUGGCCUUCAGCCCCGUCACCGAGCUCAAGAAGGACACCGACUUUGAGCACCGCAUGCCCCUGGAGCAGUGGUGGCUGAACCUGCGACUCAUGCUGAAGAUGCUGGCGCACUACCGCAUCAGCAUGGCCGACUACGUGUCCGGGGAGCUGGAGCACGUCACCCGCCGCACCCUCAGCAUCGAAACAGGCUUCUGAAGCCGCGUCCCUGCCCCGCCCCCGCCUGCGCCCGCCUCCCGCCGCACCCACCCCGCCCCCACUUUGGAGCCUGGGCUGCUGCCGCCUGGAGCCUGCGGGCAGGCGGGCGGGGGGUGCACCCUGGCUCCAGGACUCUCACGGCCCCAGUUUCAGCCUGCUGUCCGCUCGGCUCUUCCCCAGGACAGAGCACCCUGGGCACCCACUUUCCAGCGCAAGGGUAUGUGGGGGCGUCCGCGCUUGGACACCGCCGCCCCUCUGCCUCGGUACCCAUGUGGCCCGGAGCCUCUGCCCGAGCCGGUCCUGCACCCUCACCAGCCCUGGGGGCGCAGCAGCCUGGGUCUCCGUGCCAGCGGGUGGGGACGUGACCCGGCGCGCCUCACUGUGCCCCUCUCCCUGUGUGCACUGGCCGCCGGGCUGAGUAGCGCUUGUCACCUUUUUUAGAAAUAAAAUCACCCCGACUGCGGGGUGCUGUCAGUCUCGGGAAA